GCCCGUAUCUACAUUACAGUUUACAAAGUAGUUCGACUGUCCGAAAUUGGUCCUCCUGUCCAUACACUGCCACGGCAGAUCUUAACAAAAUUCAACCAGUUCGUAGUAUCCGACCUUCCUCUCAACAUAUGUACUCUAUAUACCUUCUCUGAAGCUUGCGAAGCCCACCCCAUCCCGGUCAAUCACAGAUGCAUCAGCAGACGUUAUGGUUUUGCUCUGGCAUUCAGCAAUACGUCCGGACUGUUGUGUGGGUUGGACCUGGUGCCUGGACAGUCGUAUGCCGUUGCCAUGUAGACCAGCAUGAGUGGGUGAUCUUGCCUGAGUACCUGUUCGACCAUUGGCCUCAGAAGUUGCAGCGUAUCGCACUCAUGCCCAAACCCACCCUGCUACAUGAUGAAUAUCACCAUCGAGAAACCUCCCUAACGGUGUGGUCAGGUGCAUCGUUCCAUCGUCUAGAUUGGCGAUAUGAUAAUCUGUUCCUGGAGCCGUUCCAGGGGGAGCCUAUCCGACAUGCCGUUGGUUCUUUUCCAGCUUCGAGCAUCUCUGGUUCGUUGGAAGGACACUUCACGAGGCUUCGCCUCUUGCCCGCAUGGAGGACGCCCACGCUUUGCAUUGCACUCCCACUACCUCUUUCGCAACUUACAAUAUAGAUAACGGACGACCCGCGGUUGAGCACAGCUGGGGUGAUGAUGAGGUCAUGAGAGAUGGUCGCCGCUCACCAGCUAGUUAUCACCGGCUUCAUCGAGUCAUGCAGUCCCACCAAUUCUGGUAAAUUCUCACCGGUUGGACUAGUAUCACCGGUAGUUGAUCCAAUCCCAACGAG